AUGCUUUUCAAGUCUACCCUCCUCUUGCCCGCACUCCUUGCUCUGGGCCUCGCCACUGCCGUUCCCGGUUCUGACGUUGAAGAGGACCUUGUAGCCCGUGGUGCAGAAUUUGGAGACAACGUCGCUGCUCGUGACAUUGAAGCCGAAGACCUUGCCGCUCGUGAUAGAACCCCGGAUUGCGGUCGCGACGCGUCUUGGGACCCAAGGAGCCGCAGAUGCUUCUGUCAUCAGCGUGGAUGGAUUUACUACGACGAUGGAAGGAUUUGCUGUCGGAGAGACUGGUACUACGACCACCGUUCGUUCAGAUGCUGCCGAAGGUCAGAUUGGGAUUUCCAGCGCCAAAGGUGCCGUCGUUGA